CACAUUCAGAGAGCAGGAAGGAAGCCGAGCUGCUCUCACUUCGCGUUCUGUGGGGCGGCUGCAAAUCCGACCUCAUUAACUCAGGAGUGCUCAGAGGGACCUGAAAAUGACCCCCCAAACCCCCCCUGAGCCCCCCAAAUGCUGCUGCUUCAACAUCAAGACAGCGACAGUGGCCCUGGGGAUCUUCCACAUGGUCAUGAGCGUCCUGCUGCUGAUCGAGUAUUCCCUGGAGGUGGCCAACGGGAAGGGCUUCUGCAAAGACCUGGACAAGGAUUACUACAGAAUUGCUGAUAUCACCACCAGUUUCCUGCUGAUCCUCAUGUUGUUUGUCAUCAGCUUCCACCUCCUGCUCGGGGUGCUCAAGAACAGGGAGCGGCUCCUGAUCCCCUUCCUGGCUCUGCAAGUCAUCGAUUUCCUCCUGAGCCUCCUGACCAUGUUCAGCUCCUACAUCCAGGUGCCAGCGAUCAUCUCCGUGUCCUCCCUGGGCCACACGCAGGGCCACUCCAGGACUCCCCUGCUGGUGCUGCAGCUGCUGGAUUUCUGCCUGAGCAUCCUCACCCUGUGCAGCUCCUACAUGGAGGUGCCCACCUACCUCAGCCUCAAGCCUGUGGACAGUAGGGGCUCUUUGCCAGCCCUGGAGAAGCUGCCAGCAGAGGAAUACGCCAAAGUGAUGAUCACCUUCACCAUCGCCUUCGUGGCUGUGCUCAUCCUCAAGGCCUACAUGUUCAAGUGUGUCCUGAGCUGCUUUAAGUUCAUCAAAGCCAGCAGGAGGGAGGAGGUGAAAGUGGAGCCACACGCAGUGGAAAAGGCCACGCUGCCGUCCUAUGAGGAAGCCCUGGAAUUGCCUCCCAAGGAUUGCCCCCCUCCCUAUGUGACCAUCUGAGCCCAGCCCGGGGGAGAGCUGACACUGGCUGCUGCUGUUGCCUCCCCCAGCAGAGCCCCAGUCCUCACCCAGAGCAGCUCCCAGCCUUUUCCAGCCACAUCCUGCCAGGAAACUGUUGGAGUCUUGUCCUGCUCUGGCAGCCCAAGUUCCUGACCCUGGCACCCCAAGUUCCUGACUCUGGCACCUCCAUUUCCUGACUCUGGCACCCCAAAUUCCUGACUCUGGCACCUCCAUUUCCUGACCCUGGCACCCCAAUUUCUUACUCUGGCACCCCAAAUUCCUGACUCUGGCACCCCAAUUUCCUGACUCUGGCACCUUCAUUUCCUGACUCUGGCACCUCCAUUUCCUGACCCUGGCACCCCAAAUUCCUGACUCUGGCACCCCAAA